AUGUCCUCCACGACGCUUAACAUCCAAGGUCCAGGCGCAGACAAGCUGCGCUCCGCGGGAUGCGGUGGCGCAUGCAGCAGGGACACCCCAAAAGUGGAACCUGCUGAGUUGGACGACUACAUGAGGUCUCUUCCCGCCUGGCAUUUGAACGCUGACAAGACGAUGAUCACGCGCAGCUUUACCGCCAAAAACUUCAUGGCAGCCAUUCGAUUUUUUAACAAGCUGGCUGAGGUGGCGGAGGAGGAAGGCCACCACCCCGACAUUCACUUACGGAACUUUAGAGAGGUUGAGAUCAACCUCUCCACACACGCGGUUAGCGGCCUGACGAUGCCCGAUCUGGUCAUGGCUGCCAAGCUGGAUGCCCUGGAGGUGGAGUACAGCCCCAAGUGGGCCAAACAGGAAGCAGAGCGGUUGGCGGCAACGGCGGCAACCACCACUGGCGGCGGGGGGGACCCGCUAACGGUCGGCAGUUGGCGGUUGGUGCGCGGCAGCGGUGGCGAUCGGGAAACGGAGGAAUCGGGCCCCAACACCUCCAUCGCCACGUUGUGGGUGCGGCCGGGGAUCGCAUUGGGCAAUACUAUGGAGAAUGCUCUCCUGCCCAGAUCCCGGGUCAAGUUCAAUUCAGCCAUGACAGCUACGCACGAUGACUUGCACGUCAGUCGUCACUGUGAAGAUGUUGAGACGCGACUUUUGGGUAAUGCUGAGCAGGUUGCAGCAGUAUGGCGGGGGUUCUACAGCCGCUGGGAGGGCCCCGCAGCAGAGACAAUCCAAAAGUGGUGGAGGGGCCACGUAGCGCGGCGCUUCGUCCAGGCCCUUCGAAGCGGUCACCUGCUCAAGAGCGGUGCACACGAGCAUGUGGUGGAGACCGCUGCAGUGGUGAUUCAGCGCUACUGGAGGGGCCUCCGAGGGCGGAGGGAGGCGGCGGAGCGGCGCAAGGCGGUGCUGGACAUUCAGAGGUGGUGGAAGCACGUAAAACAGUGCCCUUGGACAUCGGCACCAGCCGCGGAUUUGCGUCAGCCAUGCCGUACUUCUUUAUUAAGUCCACAGCAAAACGACGCUGUGAAAUUUUAG